UUUACAAUGGCUGCUCCUCAGAGCGCAUCAAACAUAACGCGCAACUUAACGAAUCAGUUCAUGCAGCCGGCGUGGCGCGUCGCGGUCUGGUCUGUCGCCUACAGCUUCGUGCUGGCGGUCGCCGUGUUUGGAAACCUCAUUGUAAUUUGGAUCAUUUUGGCCCAUAAACGGAUGCGCACCGUGACUAACUACUUCUUGCUCAACCUGGCUUUCUCCGACGCAUCGAUGGCCGCUUUCAACACGCUCAUCAAUUUCAUUUACGCGACGCAUGGAGAGUGGUACUUUGGGGAAGUGUACUGCAAGUUCCACAACUUCUUUCCCGUCACCGCCGUGUUUGCCAGCAUCUAUUCCAUGACAGCUAUUGCAGUCGACAGGUACAUGGCCAUAAUUCACCCACUAAAGCCCCGUCUGUCAGCUACGGCUACUAAAGUGGUGAUUCUCUGUAUUUGGGCACUGGCGGUGGUUUUGGCUUUUCCCCUCUGUUUCUACUCUACCACAAGAACAAUGCCUCGACGAACCGUCUGCUACGUUGCCUGGCCAAGACCUGCAGAGGAUUCGUUUAUGUAUCAUAUCAUAGUAACAGUGCUUGUGUACCUGCUGCCUUUAGUGGUAAUGGGUAUUACCUACACCAUAGUAGGGGUUACACUUUGGGGAGGAGAGAUCCCUGGAGAUUCAUCUGAUAACUACGUUGGACAACUACGUGCCAAACGGAAGGUGGUGAAGAUGAUGAUUGUGGUGGUGGUGACCUUUGCCCUCUGCUGGCUGCCCUAUCAUGUGUAUUUCAUUGUGACGGGCCUGAACAAGCGACUAAACAAGUGGAAGUCGAUACAGCAGGUCUAUCUGGCUGUGUUAUGGUUGGCCAUGAGCUCUACAAUGUACAACCCAAUUAUAUACUGCUGCCUAAACAGCAGGUUUAGGGCAGGCUUCAAACGAGCCUUCAGGUGGUGUCCCUUCAUCCAGGUGUCAAGCUACGAUGAACUAGAGCUCCGUCCCACCCGACUCCACCCGCGCAACCAGAGCAGUAUGUGCACACUGUCACGCAUCGACACCAGUGUACAUGGCGAUGACCCUCGCCAUAGCAACCGAAAGAGCACUAAGUCUCCGGGUCAGGUUGAGGUCAGUGAUAAAGAUGAAAACGCACCAGGUGUUCAACACACUGUGCACAGAGAGCCAACUUUUGCAACCAGUUUGAAUAAAGCUGCGGUUUGAAUUAACCAUCAAAUAUGAGCAUUUCUAAAAGAGACGUGUACAUUUCUGAGACUGUGUUGCAGAUUUACAGGAGUGUGGAUGGUUUUAAAUCUGCAAUUUUGUAAGUUAGGAGUGUUGAAUAAUGUAUUCUGUUGUAUACUCCACAUUUUGGCAGCUUAUCUGGUAUUCUGUGCAUAUAUGCAGAGCAUACAUACUUUAUACUGCAGUAAUAGUGAGAUUAGUAUGUAGUAUGCUUUUCCAAGCACAGCCAACGUAUCUCGAUCUUUUAUGAAGUGUAUUGUUUCAGUCUGCUUUCCAAUAAGGAGGGUUGGGCUCCAAAUUUUAAGUCAAGUUUUAAAGGAAUAUUCCAGGUUUAAAACAAGUUAAGCUCAAUCGACAGUAUUUGUGGCAUAAUUUUGAUUACUUAAAAAAAAGAAGAAGAAGAAGCAUAAAUUGAGGUUACAAGGAGGCAUUUACAAUGGAAUUGAAUGGGGCCAAUUUUUGGAAAGAAAUGUGAAGCUUAUCAUUUUAUAAACGCAUUUACAUACAUUUUUCUGUUAAAACUUGUGUAUUAUUUAAGCUGUAAAGUUGUUUAAAUGGAUGUUUUUACAGUCGUUUUUAGGGUCUUAGUGUUUACAUGUUCCAUUGCCAUGGGAACAAAGUUGUAAAAUUGGAUUUACAUUUUCACAGAAAAGUUUAGCAAGAGAUUUUAUAACACUAUAAUCAUGCUUUUCUUUUGUUUUGUUUUUUUGAUUCCUCCCUUUUUCUCCCUAAUUUGGAAUGCCCAAUUCCCAAUGCACU